UAAAUGCUCCUGCUUUGUUUUGGCCAAGCAGACAUCUACAAGAUACAUUGUCACCAUGCUGUCUUCUCCGGGUUCUUUGAAUUUUGUUGCAGUUCUGGUUGUCAUUGGUUUAGCUGCACAGCAAUGUGUUGGACAAGCCUUGAAUUGCUCAUCUGAGUACAACAGAUAUCCAAACAAUAGUGACAUCACUGUAAACUGUGGUCCAUCUACGAUUGAACUGGUGAUAAUUGCCUGCCCAGUUCAGUAUGCCAUGUUUAAUCCGGAUCAGCUGGCACUGAAUAGCAAAUACAACUUGAGUAACUGCUUGGCAACUCUGGAUACAACUGUUAACCCUCCAGUAGUGAGAUAUUCAUUCCCAUUAAAUGAUACCACCGCCAACAGCUGUGGAAACAGUAUCCAAAUUACAGACAAUCCUGGAACUGGAAUCUUCAAUGAUUAUUUGGCAGUCCAAACUGUAAUCAUCUCAGGCUCUGUAUCAACACCACCAUCUAAUGAAACUGGACUCAUUAGUUACAGUACUAAUUUGGUGUAUGACUUCUCAUGCAGCUAUCCACUCCAGUAUUUGCUUAAUAACACCGAACUUUUCACGUCUUCCGCAAAUGUAGCGGUAAAUACAAAUAAUGGUAGCUUCAUCAGCAUCUUGAAUAUGCAAGUAUUCACUGAUAGUGGAUUCACAACUCCUCUGCAGGCUAAUGGACCUGCUCUUCAGCUGAAAAAGCCAGUAUAUGUUCAAGUAAAAGCCACCAACCUAACCACAAAUUUCAAUGUGCUUCUGGACCAUUGCUUUGCUACGCCGUCUCCAUUGGUAACAACUCUGAUUAGUGAAAAAUACGAUCUGUUCGUAGGAUGUACUGUUCCGAACAAAACUACUAUCCUUUCAAACGGGGCAGGAAGUGUAGCUCAGUUCAGCUUUGAGGCAUUCCGCUUUGUGCAGACUAGUAAUCAAAAAACAUCCACAAUUUAUCUACAUUGCAUCAUAAGGCUGUGUUCACCUGACGAGUGUGCAGAGUACGCGACUUGUGGAAGCUCAUCAAGACGCAAAAGAGCAGCAGAUACAAGAGUUGCCACUGCUCAAGGAACUACUGACCCAGUCACAGUGUCUGCUGGUCCCAUAUAUACGACUGAUACAGUGGCAGUUUCUCCACUGAGUUCAAGUCAGUCUGGCAGUUUGGAAGGAGCAAAACAGCUUGAGGGUACCCUGACUGGACUAAUUGUUGGAAUAAUCAUCGCUGCUAUAUUGGGAGCCGCUCUCAUGUUUGCCAGUGUGCUACUGUUUAAAAUGUAUCGUCUGAAAGCAUCCAAGGAUCAGAAGAAUGGCGUUGACAACUUUGCAUUCAAUGGAAAAUAGAAUUCCACUGCAAUAAAAAUCAUAAAGUGAUAUAUUUUUACUUAAUCAUUCUUACUGAGUAUUUUAAUCAGAAAAAUACUUACUUGAUCUGCACUUUAAAAAUAAUAUAGUAUUUAAUAUAUAAAAUGGUAAACU